AUGGCUGCCCCUUCGCGUGCAGUGCCUUCCUCAGCCGAUGACUUGGUCAUUGAGGACGUGGCCACCCUGCUAACUGAGUUCACCAACCAGACAGAGUCGGAGGUGAUGACUGCAAGUGUGAUUGAAAUUUUGCGUGCUGCGAGCACGGUUGGCCUCCUGAAGGGAAAGCCCAUUUUGCAACAGUUGGUUGUCGACCUUGGUGAUGUGAACAGGCGACACCGUUUCGAGAAUUCCUCCCGUCAGGUGCCCUCUGGGGAUUCGCCUCCUGGUGUUGUGGACGCGGUUGCCUCAGGCACCGAUCGUCCCACCCAAGAGGUCCCAUUGGAGGUGCUGGAUGUGGAGAUGGUCCAGUCGGCUCCGCCUUCGUCUGCGGUCUCAGUGGCCGCUUCUGGGGCGGAUGAUUCUGAUGCUAUGGCUGUGGAUUCCCGGUCGGAGCAGCUGGACGAAGCAAGGGACCCCGCCACCGUGCUCCCGCAGUUUGAGGACAAGGUGGUCUUACUCCAGUUGGAGUUCCCUUGGUUGUCGGUGAUCGACCUCUUCAGCCGAUCGCACCCUUGGUGGGAGGCGGUCUGCAGAUUCUGCUCUGUGGUGCCGGAGGAGUACGGCACGAUCAAGGGCCAGAAGAUUAGCACGACAGUGCUGGCCAGGUGGAAUUGCCUCAGGCGGGAGGACAGGAUGAAGCUGCUGGCCUAUGUGGAUGCCACCGCGAAAGAUUUCCACAGUGAUCCUAGCCUCUUCGUCAGUGGCCUGUUGCACAUGAAAGACAAGUUGCCCUUCAAGAACGUGGGCGCUGUGGUGAUGUCGCUGCCGGACCUUACAACAGAGAAGCUCAUGGGCACAGACCGUGCUGUGGUUCAGUGCGUUGACGCCAAGAAGUCCCUGUGCCGCCUCGUACAGCCCAGCGUGCUUCCGGACAGAUUGUUGCGCAACGACGUGGCCACGAUCCAGCGGUCCCUCCCCAAGCUGGUUGUGGAGAAGAUGGUGGAGGGCCUGGAUGUGGACAGCCUCUCUCUGCUGGAGGAUGCCAUCCUGAACCAUGGGGGGCACCUGAGGAACCGCGCGGCAACGCUGCGCCAGGAGGACAUCCUCAAGCGCCAAAACGCCAGGGCUUUGGUACUGCCACGGUGCCUCGGAUGGCUCGGGCUCGGCGAGCUCGUUGGAAUCCUCCUCGAGCUCUUCGGAACUGCCAGAUGGCUGGGGCUCCUUCGGCGGGCUCUUCUUCGGGCAGUUCGCCUUCGACGUUGA